ACCGAGCUAAGCUUUCGUCUUUCUCCCUAAAACAUAUGCUGCUCUCUUUCUCUAUCUAGAGCGCGUCGCUGUGCGUUGCCAAAAAAAAAAAUCGUUUUUAUUGACGCCAUUGAAAUUGCGUUAAAUCGGGUUGAAUCUGAUUGAAAAAAGCCGGAUAAUUUGCUUUCUACUAUCGGUUUCUCCCCCUCACCCCUCCCAAAAUCAGUUUCUUUCUUUCUUGGGAAGGGCAGGAUUAAUCGUGCCUUCUGUUCAAAUCUGGUGCCUCUUCAGAUCUUUGUGUUUCUUGGCGAGAUUUGGCAUCUGGGUUUGGUCUGAUUGUUGGGUUUUCGAUCGUGUCUGGAUUUUAUUCUCUGAUCUUAUGCCAGUCUGGGAUUUGGAUUGAUGUUCAUUGCAUAUCUUGGGACUGAAAUCUGCUUUAUUUGCUCCUUGUUUCCCGAUCAAUUAUCUGGAAGAUUGGCUUGAUUCUGGCUUCGUUUAUCGGUUGACGAAGGAUCUGUUGUUCCUGGGUUGAAUCCGUUGAGGUUUUUGCAUCGUUGCCAGAUACUAAAUCAACGUUUCUGAUUGAUUUCCGUAUCGCAAAGCUGCGAAACUGCUGUCUGGUUUGGUCAUAAGAAGCAGCAAAAAAAUGCAAUCGGAUAAUGGGAAGCUUUUCAUCGGUGGGAUAUCGUGGGACGCCAAUGAGGAACGUCUCAAGGAGUAUUUCAGUAGCUUCGGGGAAGUGAUAGAGGCAGUGAUCAUGAAGGAUCGUACCACCGGACGCGCCCGUGGUUUCGGGUUUGUAGUGUUUGCUGAUCCAGCCGUUGCCGAUAGAGUUAUAAAGGAGAAGCACAAUAUCGAUGGGAGAAUGGUUGAGGCCAAAAAAGCAGUUCCUAGAGAUGACCAGAACAUUGUAAGUAGAAGCAAUCACAGUAGCGUACAAGGUUCUCCCGGUCCAGGCCGCACAAGGAAGAUUUUUGUCGGAGGGUUACCAUCCUCAGUUACGGAGAGUGAUUUCAGAAAGUAUUUUGAACAGUUUGGGACAACAACCGAUGUUGUUGUUAUGUAUGACCACAACACCCAAAGGCCUAGAGGAUUCGGAUUCAUAACUUAUGAAGAUGAGGAGGCUGUGGAGAAAGUAUUGCUCAAGACCUUUCAUGAACUUAACGGUAAAAUGGUUGAGGUUAAACGAGCUGUUCCUAAGGAGUUAUCACCAGGUCCAAGUCGCAGUCCAGUGGGAGGUUACAACUAUGGUGUUAAUCGGGUCAAUAACCUCCUUAACGGAUAUGCUCAGGGAUAUAAUCCUUCUGCAAUUGGAGGCUACGGACUUAGAAUGGAUGGUCGCUUCGGUCCAGUUACAGGUGGACGGAGUGGUUUUGCACCUUUUGGUUCUGGCUAUGGUUUGAGUAUGAACUUUGAGCAGGGAAUGCCCGCUGGAUUCACCAGUACUGCAAAUUUUAGUGGAAAUGUUGACUAUGAUCGAGGGAUGAGUCCGUACUAUAUUGGUAACACGAACAGGUUUGGCUCUGCUGUUGGUUAUGAUGGAGGAAACUCAUCCUUCUUCAGCUCGGUCACACGGAAUCUAUGGGGGAAUGAAGGACUUAACUAUAGGAAUACCAGCAACACCAACACAGGUUCCAAUUCAUAUGUCGGAUCAACCAGCGGGAACACGCUAAGUGGUCCUUUUGGCAGUUCCGGAGUCAAUUGGGGUCCUGGAAUUUCCGGCCAACAAGGUGCGGGAAAUAGCGUCACUGGCGACAAUGCCAAGUUCGGGUAUGGAGGCAAUGGUGAAUCAAGUUUUGGGUUGGGAACAGGAGGAGGGUAUGGAAGAAACUCGGGAACUAGUAUGGCGCCAGCUUCUUCGUUCUCUUCCGGCAGUGGUUAUGAUGCAGCUCUUGCAGAUUUUUAUAGUGAUCCGACAUGGAGAUCACCAACUUCUGAGAGAGACGGCUCUGGAUCCUUUGGCUAUGGGAUAGGAGGAGGUGCUCCUCCUUCAGAUGUUUCAGCUAGAAGCUCCUCCCCGGGCUAUGUUGGUAGUUUCAGUGUUAACAAGAGACAACCAAACAGAGGAACAUGAUGGAAGGCGUGUGUGUUCAUCCCACGUACGCAUUGUGGUCUCGAUGGCUCUGUCUCAGUUUUCCGCUGUUUUCACGUACCUCUACUACAUUCCUUUCGGUUCUACCCUCAAUACAGUAGGCGAAACACCGGGAACUUCUGGUUCCCGGCAAUAUCUUAUACAUCCUUUCCAUAUACACCCCGCCGCCCACAGAACGAAUCUUCUUCGCCAUCUUUAGAGCUAACCAGAGUUGUCUCUCUGUUUCUGGUAAACAAAACAAAGAAAGAUUGAACCCUUAGGCAUAGAAACUACCUGAGCAUUUUUGUGUCGCUGGUUGGUUUUCGAAUUUCUUUUUCCCUCUAGGCCUUUUUUCUUGUGUUGCCUUCGUGUUUGAGAGGUGAUAUCGGGUUGCUGGAUAGUUUCAGAAAGAACUGCAUGUGCUUCUCCAUAGAGGCAGCGAUGCAUAUAGAGAUGAAAAAAAAAAAACAAAAGAAAAAGGAAAAAAAAAAGGUUAGGAUCCUGUCAUUGGGUUACCUGGCUGUUAAGAGUCUUCGACUUCUCCCCUCUUCCUGGGGAUUAUGCCGGGAUUUGAGGCAGAUUGUGUCAGAUGAAGAUUUGUCUUUUCUGGGUUUGGGUUUUUUUGGUUGUUGUGUUGGUGGUGCGAGAGACGUGGGAGGAAGAGGAUCCACCCUCAAGAGAAGAAUAAGUUUUUAGCCACGCCACGUCUCUUUCUGCAGAUUCUUUGUUCUCUGUUUGUAUGUGUUCUGCAAAAACACAAGCUCGUUUUUGUCUCUGUGUACUGUUUAUUUUACAGAAACAUUUUAUUAUUAUUAUUAUUAUUAUUAUUAGCAUCUACAUGCUUUGUGAGA